AUGAGCUCCAACAAUUCCGGUUCCGGUUUUACCGGCGGCUACAACCUCACAGGCGGCUGCAUCUCUACCACUCGUAACUCCAGCUCGGGCAAUACUUCAGGCAAUACCGUCAGUUCUUCUUCUUCCUCGUCCAACUCCUCUAUCUCUCGUCACGACAGCGGUUACGCCACGGGCGGCGGUGGCGGAUCGUCUUCCAGCUCCGGUGGCAGCAGCGCGUGGGUCGAUUCACAGCCUCAUCUUGGAUAUUACCCGAAAAUGGCCGUUCUCACUCCCUCGGUGAACAAUAAUGAGUACAAGUGGAAGAAACCCAAGCGCGAAAGCCGUUCAGGGAGUCCUUACGAAAGGCCAUCCAAUUCCGGUAGUUCUGGGUCUGGUUCUAGCGGUUCUGGCACCGGUAACUCGAGCGCCGGCAAUACUAACACAGGCUCUGGGGGUUCGGGGUCCGGUAGCUCUGGCUCUGGCUCUGGCUCUGGCUCAGGUACUUCGAGGUCUAGUUCGUAUGCUAGCGGUUCAGUGGCUCGUCGGGAACUGGUGAGAAGGACUCUGUAUGUAGACAGCUUGGUGUUGAUCGCCUAG